AUGGACUUCCAAACCAUUGCCGGGCCCCUGAGCUUCGACGCUUGGACGAUGUUUUGCCUCACGGCUGUGACCGGGGAACCGGCGCUUCCGGGCGCCGGCUGGGAAGAUGGCCGGCAGAUGAAAGAUGAGCUUUGGACCAAAAGCAUUGACGACGAUGCCAACGGGCAGAGUUCCACCGGUGCCUGGGUGCUGCAGCUGGUGCCGGGCGAAGCAUCGCCGUGGCCGCUGGCCGUGGCCGUGGAGGAUGUGGUCUGCACCGCUGAGUCCUGUGCCAUACCGCUGAACUCGCCCGCUCUGCUUCCUCCGGUGGGAGUGUGGACGGUGCCGCCCCCGGGCCGCGACCGCCGCUGCUUCGGGCGCGCGGCCGGCGCGCACGCGGGCGUCGGCGUGGAGCGGCUGCCGCACGGAGAGCUGUGCGGGCGCUGCGCGGCGGGGAAGGUGGCGAUCCUGGAUUCUCAGUUGCAGCGACGCUAUUGUGAGACUUGCGCGAGCUCGGAGUACGUCCACGAGUUCCCAAACGGCACCCGCUCCUGUGAGCUGUGCAACGGCACGACCCUCUGUGGCGCGGGCCUCUACCAGCUGAACUGCGGCUGCGCGCCCUGUUGGCCCGGCAGCUUCGGCGCCAACGGCAGCUGCCACACCUGUGGGGACGGGGCAGUGUCCGGUGCCGGGGCAGCUCGAUGUGAGCCCUGCCCCCAAGGGACCACGAGCCUGGUGGACCACUGCGUCCCCUGCGCCCCCGGCCGCUUCGCCGCCGCGAAGGGCUCGGCGUGCGUGGCCUGCGCGGCGGGCAGCGUGGCGCCGCACGCGGGCGCCACGGAGUGUGCGCCGUGCAGGGCCGGGCACAGGGGGAGUUGGGAUGGCAGGCGAUGUGAAGAGUGCCCAGUCGGCAGCUAUCAGCCAAACUCCAACUCCAGUGAAUGCCUGCCUGCUGUGGAAGGGGCUGACUUCAAUGCCACAGGCCUCAUUAGCGGUCGGAACCUCCCGGGGUACUGGGCGCGGCGGCGGGGCGCCGUGAUGACCUGGGAGCGGUGCGAGGCGGGGCGGAGCGGGCGGAGCGCGCUUGGAAGCAGCGCGUGCCGGGCGAACGAGAGCUGUGCUGCAGCGAACGGUGGGGCGCAGUGCUUUAGCUGUGUGCCUGGUGCGGUGAAGGUGGCCGAUGGCGGCUGCAGCGCGUGUGGUCUAGAGACUGUGAUAAGUCUGCUGUGUCUGGUUCUGCUGGUGCUGUGGAUGGCCAUGUGCUUGGCGAAGCUGGGAGUGGAGAGGAGGAACCGGCCGAAGGAUCUCAGAUUGGUUUACAUGAAGAUUUUCCUCCUCUACUUGGUGGUGAUUGAUGCCCUCUUCACCACCGCUGUGGAGGUCUUGCACUCGGAGCCCUUCGUGUUGGAGGCAACUCUACAACUGUUGCCCUCGUGGUCAGCGCCGCUGGCGCGCGCGGCCCGCUGUGCUGUCCUGGGAGUUCAGCUUCCGGCAGCUUCGCCCAGCGGCUUCCCAGGAGCAUUGGGGGGCGUGGCGGUGAGCAGACAGCUGGUCCAGUCCGCUCAGUCAGAGCAGCUGCACGCUGGAGGCCCCGGCGGCUCGGAGGCGGCUCUGGCCGCCGCGCUGGCGGAGACGCGGCACAGCGAGUGGUUUCGUGCGGAGCGCGUGGGGCUUCAUGACGAGCUGAAAGGCUAUGAGACGUCGCUGGAGUUCUUCUGCUUGCUCUUGUGGUUCCUAUUGCCAUGGAUCCUUUGGAUGCUGCUCUACCUUUGCAGCGUCAUCUACGUCCAGGUGUCCCUCAUGAGGGAUUGGAGCUUCUACCGCAGGGCGUCCCGCUUCUACGAGGAGCUCGUGAAGGAUGGAACGCGUGAGACCUUGGCGUGCUACGACGCGGAAGACUGGCUGGCCUUCUGCAAGGCCUACUUCCAGAAGACCUGUGGUCUUUGGACUUCGUUGGAUCUCUUCGAAGCCUUCGAACUGCAGGGCCUCCGCCGUGGCUUUCACCGCACCUUUCUAGCGCAGGCGAUGCCUGCGUUGCUGGCACUGCUGCUCGUGCUCUAUGCGCCGGUAUUGCAAGGGCUGGUGGAGCCCUUUCGCUGCGUGCGCCUGGGCGACGAGCCGCUGUGGCGCUCCUUCUUCGCCCCGGAGGUGCAGUGUUGGAGCUUCGAGGUGCCCUUCACGUCUUUGAGCUUCGCUGUGGCAUUGCUUUGGGCUGUCGGGGUGCCGGUGGUGCUGAGCUUUGUGCUGCGCCGAGUAAGGAACAGCCUUCCAGAUGAUUUCGAGUUCCCUCCGGAGUACGCGGUGCUUAGCCUGGGCUACCGCCUGGGUUGCUGGAACUGGGAGAUGUACAUCUUCUUGGUGAAGGCUCUUCUCAUUGGUUCCUCCGUGCUGAGCCCUGCGGGUCGCAGCAGCUUCCUCUUCUUCCUCUCCAUCCUUCAUGGCGCCGUGGUCCGGGCCGUGAGCCCCUUCACGGGGCGCUCGGACUUCGUGCUGCUGCGCUGGGAUCGGCGCUUCGCGCUCUUCUUUGUGCUGAGCAGCAUGCUGGUCCAGGCGCUCCCGUGUGCUUCGAGCGUGGAGUGGGUGUCCCCGAUCUGGACCUUGGGGCUGGUGCUGGUCCUGCUGCUGCUGAACCUCGUGCUGCUGGCGCUUCUGGCGCGAGAUGGAUUUGUUUGCUGGCACGAGACCUAUGUCGAGAGGUAUGAGUUCUAUGAGUGGGAGCUCUGGCAGCGCGCGUCCAGCCGCUGCGGCCCACGGCUCACUCGGCGGCUCGUGCAGAGCCUUCUGAAUCACUACCGGAGGCGCGUGCGAAACCGAGCCUAUGUGAGCUUCGACAUCAAAUUGGGAUGGCUGACGGUCUGUGGAUCUCAUGGCGACCAGGCGCAGGCGACCUGCAACUGGCCCGACGGCAGCGGCCUGCCGGUGCUGCUCUCUGAGGCGCCCUCGGCGCCGCCCGGGAACCGCUCCGUCCGCCCAUCGACGCUGGCGCAGCGGCAGAAGGUGCAGAAAUACCUGCAGACCGCUGCCGAACGCCUUUGCUUGAUCCGAGGUGCGGCCACCUUUAGCGUGGUGGAGCUGGAGUUCCUGAUCCGCGCCGCCUUCUGCUUCGCGCGGCGACAAGAGCUGAGACGCGCUCGGCUCACACAGCAAGUGGGAUUGAUCACCCGAGAGGAGUCCUUCCUCGGGCUGGACGCCCUCACUUUGCUGUGGAACAGCCUAGAUCUGGACGAGGACCAGGGCGACGCCUCCGCGCGGGCCUCCACCUUCGCCCGGCGCACCACGCGCUCGUCCGGAAGCCAGCGUUCCGAGGAGGUCUCGGCCUACAAGCCACUCUCCGAGCGGCUGCGGUCGCGGUACCAGGCGCAAACCAUUUGCGAGUCCUUCUUCAACGAUCCUGGGAAGGUUCUCUUCUUCUACAGCAGAGCCGAGUUCAUCCGACAGGCGGAGCUGAAGAAGACCAAGUCGGCGGAGCAGAACCGCCUUUCGACCAUUCCCACGGAGAGGGCGGCCGCGCUGGACUAUGUGUGGGCACUUCUGCACUACUUGGGCCGCGGGCUUCGCUCGACGCUCCGCAGGAAUCAGGUCGAGUCCACUCCCAGCUUAGAACGCUCCAGCGGUGGAAGUCGAAGAGGCCGCGGGAAGAGAAGCCAUGUGAUGGGAGGUCUUGAUGUGGAACCCAUCAUCCAAGAGAUGUUCAACGAGGAGACCUUCGCACGCGGCCUGGACCUGGAGGAUUUCCAAAUGGGCCUCAUGAUGGUGGAACACACCAAGGACUUGGAGCUGAAACAGCUACAGGAUGCCUUCCACGACCGCUGGUUCCAGCAGAGGCUGAUGGUGGAGCAUGAGUUGCGGAAGCAGCAGGGCGACCUGAAAGAUCAGGCCGUGCAGGCAGAGGCGGACGAAGACAUGUCAGAGAGCUUGGCACAGGAGUCCAUGGAGGCACGCGCCAUGGAGGACGCCGAGGAUUGGCCCACCGUGGAAGAUCUCAGGUGGAUGAGGCUUGUGAUGAAGGCUGGUGGCGGCCUCUUCAAAGAGAAGGUGAUGCCCUCCUUGAAAGAGAUCAACCAGUUGCUGAGGCACCGCCGUGACUUGGGCGACGAUGACAGCUCCAGCAGUGCUCCGGGCGGCGGUGCGGCCCGCGCGGUGAGCGGCAGCGGUAGCGGUAGUGUUAGCGUCGCGAGUGGCGAGGCAUUUCAGGUGGUGCGGCGUCUCACCGAGGGGCGCAGCCGUGUGGGGAGUUGGGACGAGGAACGUUGAGGAGUGGCUGCUGACGCCUCGGGCGUUGACGCGUCCGAGGAGAACGGUGGGGCACAACGAAGACGAAGGGAAGGAGGAAGGACCUCGAUGUUCUAUCCAUGGUCUAUGGGUCUAUGGGCAGCAGGAAAACACAUCUCUCUGCAUUUGCAUCCUUCUGCGUCCCUUUUGACCCUCUUGGUUCCUAUCACUUUUUCAGCAGCACCUGCUCACCUUGCCCAAAGUUGAGGUGUCACACCUCACGUGUUGAGCAGCCCCGAACCAGAAGAAAUCCGUGCUGGGAACGACUUGAAGCUUUAUCUUUCACAUGGGGUAGACAGAUAGGUUAUCUCUAUAUAGACUCUAUAUAGGUUCCACAGGUCUUCAGCUCAGUGCAGAUCGUUCGCGUCUCGUCGACGCAGCUCGUUCGUUCUUUGUGGUCUUGUGUUCUGGUCAUCCCUCAGGACGGACAGCUGGACAUCGGAUGAGACGCGUCAGUCAGGGGCAAAGGUUCCCGGCGCGGCGCCGCGCCCAAAGUGGCGGACCGGAUUGAAGAGGAGCAGAGGAG